CCGGGAAACUGCAUGGAAAUUACCAUCAACUGGAAUCCAAGAUAAUAAAAGACACUCUCACUCACUUUUCAACAAUAUUUAAUUUCUAAAUUUAUUUGCCUUCGGCAUGUUGAGAAGUUGAGAAUACUGUACUUGUAUAUUUAAUUAUCAAAGAAAAUAAAAAAUAUUGACCAAAUCAAUCAUUAGAUGUAUGCUAGAGUAAAUUUUGGACCAUAUCAAGCUUUUAGAAUGACUUUAAUUUAAGAAAAUAUGAAUAUGCAAUUGGUGAUUAGUAGUAUAUUAUAGCCAUGUGGUAUUUAAUAUAAUUUGUGAUUAGAUAUGCUUAUAUAAAAUAGUCUUUCUCUUUUCCUUUUUUUUGCGGUGCAUAUUAAAUAGCAUUAUUUGUUUAUCUUUAUAAAAUUCCUUUCUUUGUUCUCAAAAAUUGUGGUAGUUUCUCCACAAUUUCCAUAGACUUUUUCCGCAGACUUAUAAGGUUUGUUUUGGUCUUCGUAUAGGAUUACUUAACUAGAAUGUAAACACCUCCUAUAAAAUUGGAACGUGUUUCAGCCCUCAUAUUAUCCAUUCCUUGAAACCAAAGAGACAGAACAAACAUUCAUAAGAAUUUGUUUAUGGUAUUCGACACACAUAAAUUCAGAUUAAUAUGGAGGAUUCAUCUGUUCUUAGCCCAAUCUCUCUUCUCACCAUUGCCACCUUCUUGUUCAUUCUCAACCUCAUGAUGAUAAUCCAAGAUUUCUCAUCUUCUUUUCCCUAUUCUCUCCAUCUCUUCUUCUCAAACGCCUACAUUCUCUUCGCAUCAUCAACAAACAAGAAGAUAAAUAUUGAGCUUCCAAUCGCAAGAAAAGUUUUCGUCCCAGCUCAGGUAGAAAACAAGAUGUCGGUGGAAGAAGUCAAAACGAUGAUCGAUGACUCGGAAGCUUUAUACGAACGUUUGAUUGGAGAAGGCGAAGAAUACUUGUUUGAGAAGAGCGAGGUGAUGGGUAAGGAGGUAGUGAAGAAGGCGUUUAUAUUGUUUGACCAGAAUCAAGAUGGGUUUAUAGAUGAAAAUGAGUUGAAACAUGUGUUGUCUUUGUUAGGAUACGAUGAAUGUACAAAGAUGGAGUGUAGGAAGAUGAUUAGGGUUUUUGAUGAGAAUAGCGAUGGGAAAAUUGAUUUUUAUGAGUUUGUGAAGCUCAUAGAUAAAAGUUUUUCGUAAGAUAAAUAGACCGAGAGCUAUUUGAUGGCUUGUCUACUAUACUCUUUUUCGUCAUCGUCUCAUCUCUUUCUUAUUAUUUGAGGAGCACUUUUAAUAACUAACCUUUACUUGAUGUGUUAUUAACAGAAAUGUCAUUACUGAUGUGAUAAAUUCACAGCCCUUCUCAAUGCA